UUUUUUUUUAACCAGAUCUUGCGAUGCCUCCUAAAAGAAAGAACAAUACACAACACACCAAUGCUAAACAUGAAGAUGACGAUACCAAAAAGAAUGAACUUAAUUCCUCUCAUGAAUCAAACAAACGCCAACGUGAAGAAGACGAACAAUUGGAACAACCCACAUCUUCUUUAACUGAUCGCAUGGCCAAGCUCAAAGAACUAAAAAGACGCCGGGCUACAGAAGUCGAACAAGGCAAUCGUCGUGAUCGAAACCUAGAAUUCCAACGCAGUAAAGAAAACCCCAAACUUGAAGCUAAAGACGCACGCAAAAAAGAAGAAGCACUCAAAUUAUUGGCAAAACAAGAGGCAGAAGAGAAAGGCGAAGAUUAUGAACGUAAACAGUUUUGGAGAUACUCUGCAGAAUCAGCUGCUUUAUGGGAAGAGAAGAUGGCCAAGAAAGCACAGCGUGCUAACCAAGGCUUUACAGACCAUACUCAAGCUGCACAUAAGAAAUAUGAGCGCUUAAUGUCAGAAUUUAAGCCUGAUAUGAAUGCGUAUCAAGAAAAGCGAUUUCAAGCCAUUGAGCGUGCUAUUCGUAACGGAGAAGAUCCCUCUGAUGUCGUUGCUGCUGCCAAUAGUUUGGAUUAUGCAGAUAUUGACGACAAGCCAUCCAAGAAUGCCAUUGAUCGUCUAGCAGCCGAAACAAAGAAACAGAUUGAACAACGCGAAACAAGAUCUCGUGAACGUAAACAACCCACAGACGACAUUUCCUGGAUCAAUGAAAAGAACCGUGUCUUUAACCAGAAGAUUGCUCGUUUCUAUGAUAAGUACACUAAAGAAAUUCGUGAUAACCUUGAAAGAGGUACAGCUUUGUAAAUAAACUUUUAUUUUUUUAAAGG